AUGAUCACACUCACAGACUCGCAAAAAAUCGGAAUGGGACUGACGGGGUUUGGCGUGUUUUUCCUCAUUUUUGGAAUGAUGCUCUUUUUUGACAAAGCUCUUUUGGCCAUUGGAAAUAUUCUCUUUGUCUCGGGUUUGUCUUUUGUCAUCGGCCUGGAGCGAACAUUUCGAUUCUUCUUCCAGAGACACAAAGCCAAAGCCACCAGCUUCUUCCUGGGAGGAGUGUUUGCUGUUCUGAUUGGCUGGCCUAUCAUUGGCGUUCUUCUUGAGAUCUACGGCUUCUUCCUUUUAUUUAGGGGAUUCUUCCCAGUGGCUGUGGGUUUUAUCAGACGAAUCCCGGUGCUCGGCUCUCUGCUCAGUUUACCAGGGAUCAGGACUCUGGUGGAUAAAAUUGGUGAGAGCAACAACAUGGUAUAA